UAUUGCUAAAAGUGACGUAAAACCCAACUCACUCACUAACUCACUGUUUGACGGACUAACUAAAGCCAAUGAGCCAAAUGGAUUGACUCGUACAAGUCACUUGUACAAUUCGAAAUGAAACUAAGGGAGACAAAUGCUACACGACCGAUUAUAUACGCUAUGGCGUUUCAAUCUUUCCAAUCUGGAGGCGGGUCAUGGACGACGGACCCCCGGACUUGGCAGAUGUAUUCUCGGGACGAAAUUCCACAGGGACGUGUUGAUCGCUCACCUGCUAUCUUAGUAGGUAAAAAUAGAAGGUCUGAAAGACAUAUAGCGUGUUGGUACAGUUCUCGAAGGUAUUCUUUUUGAAGUGCUACGACAGAAAGGUACAUGCCAUGAUGUCGAACGAGGAACCAGGUCGUUACGAAAUUAUCUCCCCUGCCAACGACGAGGACAAGAAUCUCUUUAAAGUCAUCUCAUACGGAAAAGUUCAAAGAUUGAGUUCGUUGCUGUCCAAAACUCAGGACUUGGAUGUUCGCGAUUCGUGUAUGAGAACACCCUUAAUUCACGCCAUUUUCCUUCCCAAGGAUGACGUCAGAGCCCACGUGGUACGUUUGUUGUUGCGUUACGGAAGUGACGUCAAUGCUCAAGAUGCGGAGGGACGUACUGCGUUAAUGUAUGCCUGUAUGGAAGAUGGGAAGGUUGAUUCUGUGAGAUUGUUAAUCAGAUGCAAGAAAUGUGAUCCCAAUAUACAGGACCGGGACGGGUACACGGCGCUGAUGCACGCUGCAGUCAGUGGAAACACGUCUGGAAUUCGAAUACUCACAAACCACGCAAACACGAAAAAUGUGCUCAAGAUUAACGCUGUAAGUAAACAAGGGUUAUCUGCCCUUGAAUUGGCUGUAAAAUUGAGGUUAAGUGACGUAUGCAAAGUGUUGGUGCAGGAAGGAUGUGCAGACACUUGCGUGAAGGAUAAAUCAGCAUUAUUUGACAUUUUGCGUGAUGACUCGAGGACGAACACCCCCUUUAACCAGCGAUUUGCCACUCGACAUGGGUUCUCUCCGAGGCUAGGGGGGACACCGAUUAAUCCUAUAUCGACGAGAGCGUCGCCCUUUAUGAGACAAAACAGCGAUCUCCAUCGACGAGCUCUUUUGUCACCGUCAGCCGAAAUGAAUUCCCCUAUCCCAGGGAAAGGUCAAAACACGAGUGGGAUUUAUCAGCGGUUGCUCAACUCUCCAAACGCUCAGUUCCCAGUUUCUCCACGGGAAAUCGUUACCCCUGGAUUAGCCCAUCUAGACAUGAUUCGCAAGCAGCCCUCUUCAAGGCGUCCUUUGACCCCCAUAACACCCCGGAACUCUGCCCUAAAUGAGAACAGUCCCUCUCCCGUCAACACAUUACCUCACCCCACGCGACUUCCAAGCAUACCCAGCGGCAAGAGGGUGCACCUGGCACACACAGUGGACAAUUCCCCACGGGAGGAUUGUUAAUGGGAAUUUUAUGUGAAUAGUUUAAUUAUCAGAAUCAAGUUAUGUUUUCAAGGGAUUGUGCAAAACUGUUCUUGUUGUUCUUAUAUCAAAGAAUAGGGCAUGUGAAUACAAAAGCAUAGGACAUGUGAAUGCAAAGCAUAGGGUAGGUGAAUACAAAAGCAUAUGACAUGUGAAUACAAAAGCAUAAGGCAGGUGAAUACAAAAGCAUAGAGAAGUGAAUACAAAAGCAUAUGACAUGUGAAUACAAAAGCAUAAAGCAGGUGAAUACAAAAGCAUAGGGAAGUGAAUACAAAAGCAUAUGACAUGUGAAUACAAAAGCAUAAGGCAGGUGAAUACAAAAGCAUAGGGCAUGUGAAUACAAAAGCAUAGGGCAGGUGAAUACAAAAGCAUAGGGCAUGUGAAUACAAAAGCAUAGGGCAGGUGAAUACAAAAGCAUAGGACAUGUGAAUACAAAAGCAUAGGGCAGGUGAAUACAAAAGCAUAGGACACGUGAAUACAAAGCAUAGGGAAGUGAAUACAAAAUCAUAGGACAUGUGAAUACAAAAUCAUAGCACAUGUGAAUACAAAAG